GUGGGGCCCCGUGCACUGCCUGUAUCAGCAAACAUGGCGCUCGUCUGAAUGUAAACACACAGAUUCACUACUCAACGUGAAGCACUUCUGAGAUCGUGUGUGUUAAGUUCGCUUGACCUGUUCUGUCCUCAUUAUAUAACAUUCUGAUAGACCAUACAAGUAACUUUACAUCAAAAUGGCCGCCAUGUUUGUUGUUCUGGGUUUGUUGUCAUUCAUCCCUAUGGUUACAGCGGUCUAUAACGUGACGUUCUGCAAUGCUCACAUUGGAGUUAUAAAUAGCACAGGCUUCAGAAAACAAGAGCCUGUCUUUUUCGACAAUUUCUAUACAUUUGCUGAGGAAAAAGACCCACAACAACAGACGGUCACAUAUUCAGAGAUGUAUUACUCCUCGCAAUCUGGCCAAUUCUAUGGUGUCUACAAAAGCCCAGUGGUCCAGAUGCAGACGUGGUUGGACACACAAUAUGACGAGGUCAUGAAUGCUCCAUUGGACAGCAAGUCUAUUUGUGUGGAUAUGCCAUUCGACAAGUCCCCUCUGUUCACAUUGAUCCGAGCUCAGAUGAACAAUGGAUCUGUUCUACUGGCUGAUCCGUACACGCUGUUUGGUUGGGAUUACUCUGUCAAGAAGAACGUGUCCUAUCUCGGGGAAUCUCAAUCUAGAGGUAUAGCUACACAAAAGUGGAUAAUUUGUGAAUAUUUUCCUGGUCUGGACAUGACCUACGUCACGACAUGGGAUAUUGUAGAUGCCGUCCAGUUCCAGCUUCCUGCAGUGCAACCAACAGACGCUGAGUUCGCGCCAGUUCUUCCAAUCAGUGCCAGUACAGUAUUUCAAAAUGGAUCUGGGUCGGAAGUCAGACAAAACUUGGACUACACACAUUUUGCAAGAAUUCAACCAGAUGACAGACAUUUCCAGAUCCCAGCAGAUUUGUUGUGUGCUAACAAACCAAACUCACAAAAAACACUUCCGGUCAUUCCAACCUACUUCAGCUAUAAGGCCGAGCAGCUGACCAUCAAUGAAUAUCAGACGAUGUCACAACAGUCUCCAGAUCUGGUCUACACCAAUGUAAAUUACAGGAGCAUCAUGGGAUUGUUCGUUCAGGACUACAUCCAGACACCUGGGCGUGGAAAUUCCAAUGACAAAUCUUUUCUCAGAGUUGUGGAUGAUUUUAACACAGGUAUCAGCUAUGAAUUGGACUUGACCUCUGGGGUCUGUGAGGUACUCACUAUCAGUACUAUGCGCAAGGACGCCUACCCACUGGGCAAUGGACUAGUCAGAAUGAGAAGUUCAGACGAGUACUUUGACAUAGACAGCACUCAGUACCAAUACAUGGGAGAGCAUCGGGUGCGAGACAUUGAUUGUGAUACGUGGAGCACCAAAAUGAGCGACAACAAACCAGACCACACCCAGAACGCCCUCUACACCAUUUACUUCGCCACCGCAGACUGGCAGAAGAAAACUGGUUUUAGAACCAUCCAGACUAUUCCAGUCAUGAUCCAAGUGAUGCAGGGCAAUACAUUGCAGCAAAUGUACAUUUAUGAAUUCUCCACUGACCCUAGUAAAUGGCUGCCUGACCUGACCACUUGCUACAACCCCAAUAACACAAUGAAUGUUGAGGUCUUCCUGAAAGGUCAGUUUGACAGGUAUUACAGCGCAGGUCCUGGUUACUUCAGACAAAACUUUAUCGGAGCUUUCGUGGCGGCCUCACAGUUAGGAUCUCCCCUGCGUAUUAACGACAUUGAUGUACAACCGGCGGACAACAAUGAAAUAGUCGUCAGGUUUAAGCUCCUGGAACAGUUGAACGUGGCGGGGGAUGUGGGCACCAAGCCGGACAAGGUGCCCAGCAAAACUAUAAUCGCAAAUUUCGUGCAACAGGUCAACGCCGGUCAGUUUUUCGUGGAUCUGGACCAAGACGGAAGAGUGACACUGUAUGCACGCAAGGGCUCGGUGGCUGUGACUAAAAACACGGGCAGGUUUCAAUUCAUAGCUCCCAAAACAAACAACAGUACAGGUUACUCUCCUGGGGCAAUGGCUGGUAUCGGAAUCGGUAUGCUGGUAUUCGGACUCGUCGUGGGUGUUGUUAUCAUCUUUCUGGUCAAGAAGUUCAAGAAAUCAGGGGACGAUACUAUAGCAAUGAGUACAUCCAAAUAGACUCUGGAAAAGACGAUCCUUUGUGUACAUAUUCAACUGCAUGCAGCGACUGUUACAUAAAUAAUGUUUAAUUGUGUCAUGUCUGAACCAGCCUGGAGUGUGCCUUGUGGAUAGAAGUCUUUUAGUAUUUAUCACUUAGAUAUAAUAUUUAUACAUAUUUAUCAUUUUAGUUAAUGUUCAUUUCAAUGUUCAUUUCAAUGUUCAUUUUAAUGUUCAUUUCAAUGUUCAUUUUAAUGUUCAUUUCAAUUUUCAUUUUAAUGUUCAUUACAAUGUUCAUUUUAAUGUUCAUUUCAAUGUUCAUUUUAAUGCUCAUUUUAAUGUUCAUUUCAAUGUUAAUUUUAAUGUUCAUUUCAAUGUUCAUUUUAUUGUUCAUUUCAAUGUUCAUUUUAAUGCUCAUUUUAAUGUUCAUUUCAAUGUUAAUUUUAAUGUUCAUUUUAAUGUUCAUUUUAAUGUUCAUUUUAAUGUUCAUUACAAUGUUCAUUUUAAUGUUCAUUUCAAUGUUCAUUUUAUUGUUCAUUUUAAUGUUCAUUUUAAUGUUCAUUUCAAUGUUCAUUUUAUUUUUCAUUUUAAUGUUCAUUUCAAUGUUCAUUUUAAUGUUCAUUUUAAUGUUCAUUUUAAUGUUCAUUUCAAUGUUCAUUUUAAUGUUCAUUACAAUGUUCAUUUUAUUGUUCAUUUCAAUGUUCUAUUCAAUGUUCAUUUUGUUAUGUUAUGAACCUUUCAGCCUGUGCAAUAGUAUUUUGGGUAAAUCAACACUAAACAGAAAUGGAAGUGCAAUUGAACUGUUUGAAACGUAUUUAUUCAAACGGCAGAUAGAUUUGAGUGUGGCCUGAAUGGACGUUUAAUGGAAAUGAGCAUUUUGUUAUGGAUGAUGAAUUAAUAAAAGUUUUGUUAUGUUAUGUUUUAA